AGCAUUUUGAGUCAUACUCUUCGCUCCUCUAUGCCCAUAGUCCAAUAUCACAUAUUCACAUUAAGAUAUACUCCAACAACAAAGUGGUUUAUUUCUUAAUUUUUCCCCCCGGAAGAAAUUCAAUUGAAGAGGAAUACUUCUACAAUGGAGGAAGAGAAAGCGGCGGCACUCUACGAAGAAUUGACCCGCAAAGGAGGUGGGGCAGCCCGAUUUAAACAAGGACUUGGAUUUUCCUCCGCCACAACAACAGCCAAUGAUCCACCUUCCAGAGGUUCUGCCUUACCUUCUUCUUCUUCCUCAUUUAUGAGCAAUUUCGUUAGAGCAUCAACCCAAACAAAAGAAAUCGAGGUUGAUAAGAAAUCCCAGAUUGAGAAUAUCCAAAAUAAGCUCAAGAAGAAGGAACCCUUUUCCUCCACUGAUAAAAUUAGGGUUAGGGAUAAGGAUAGAAGGAGAAGUAGUAGCAGAGAGAAGAAUUUGAGAAGUAGAAGCAGCGAAAGAAGAAGGAGAAGUAGGAGUAGAAGUAGAAGUCGAGAGAGGAGAAAGAGAAGUACAAGUAGAGAUAGAGAGAAGAAUUUGAGGAGUAGAAGGAGAAAUGGCGGUUGUGAUGAGGAUAGAGAUGGGUCUAGAAGACGAUAUCGAUCAUCAAGUCGAGAGAGAAGGAGAAAGAGGAGUAGAGGGAGGAGGAGUAGGAGUAGGAGUUUCUCGCCCACGGAUCGAAAGAGGUCGGAAAGAAGAAGAGAUGGUGGUGGUAGAGAUACGAAAAUGGUGAAGGAGAGUGGUAAUGGCACAGUUGAUUAUGCUAAGUUCAUUGAUGGGUAUGAUAAUAUGACACCUGCUGAAAGAGUCAAAGCUAAGAUGAAACUUCAGCUUUCACAAACAGCUCAAAAGGAUACUAAUUUAGGUAGCGGCUCGCAAUGGGAACGGUUUGACUUCAACAAAGAUGCCCCUGUAGAUGACAAAGAAAUUGAAGCUGCCGACGAUGACACAACACUUGUGAAGUAUAUUGGUCGAAGCUUUCGAUUCACUUCUUUAGAGGCUAAAAGAGAGGAUGAAAUAGAGAAUGCUCAUGACCAAGCUAUAUUUGGAAUACCCGCACCCUUCCCGUUAUACACAUCUGAAACUGGAGAAGAGGGAAUGAGUGAGAACAAGUACGCGAACGAAAACAAGGGAUCUACUAGUGAUGAUGACCCUGCUAGUAGUCUCAUUAGUGAGAAGGUGCUUUCGAAGCAACAAGGCUCUUGGCGAGAACGUGCUCGCAAAAAUGUUGGUUAAUUUCAUGGCAAACAAGAUGGGUCAUAUAAAUUUACCGCACAAAUCCUAUGAAAUUGCCUCAUGUUGAAAAAAUGCGGCGUAAAUGGUGAAUUCUUUGUAAAUUUAUGACUUAAAUGGCUAUGUUGAUUCGGUGUAUUCCUAUGAGAGUGGAAGAUAGAAUACUCCGAUACGAUGCACAAGCAUAGGAUUAUUGCAAGUGGUUCAAAUGGAGAGAUUUGAUGAAAAUAUUAUAUGAUCGACUGAUGUUUGCUACUAAGAUUUUUGAAUUAGGAAUUAAGAUGUUGGGCUUUUAGAAGAAUAAUUAAAUUCAUGUCGGUCUCGGUCCUAAGCAAGGACAAGAAGAGCCAAUAAUAACUAUUAUCUUAUUUACUAAUUAUUGAAUUAUAAAUGCAUGAUUAUCAAACAAAAA